AUGGCUUACUACCGCUGCGGGCCCACUGCGAUCGGCAGCCGCGCGUCCUGGUCGGUGACCAUGGAGUCUAAGCUGGAGCGCAUCAACUAUGACAGGAUCUUUAAUGCGUUCGAAAGAACCAACGCCUUCGAGUACGUGAGAAACACUUUCGAAGGGAAACAAGAGGAAAGGCACAUAGGGCACGGCGACAUCGUGGUCAAUAGAAAGAUGUCCAGUUCCUUCGAGAGGGCGGACUGCGCCCUCGCCGCGCAGACGCCGUGUGACGACGACGAGGACUUCUAUAGAGAGAAGAUAUUGUACUCGCAGGCGAGACAACUGUUCCCCUUGCAAGAAGAUCUAGCUGACUGGAUCAAUAAAACUAUCGGUAUAACGUAUCUGUCGGGCGAGAACUUCCUGGAUGCGUUGGACAAUGGCGCGGAACUGUGCCAGCUGGCUGCGGUCAUCCACGAGCGUGCGAGGGAGGCGCUCGAUCAGGGGUUAAUUGUUGGGCCGGUACCAGCAAUCCGCGGCCGCUGCUGGCAGCGCGCGGCGCGUCGUAGCUUCUUCUCGCGCGACAACGCGGAGAACUUCAUCACAUUCUGCCGCGAGCUCGGCGUCCACGAGAACUUGCUAUUUGAAAGCGAUGAUUUGGUACUACACAAUCAGCCGCGCCAAGUUAUUCUGUGCUUACUGGAAGUCGCACGUCUUGCCACCAAGUUCAAUGUGGAGCCUCCGGGACUCGUCCAGCUUGAGAAGGAGAUAGCGUUAGAGGAAAGGGACUCUGGUCUUGAUUCCGCUAUGUCCGGGGCUGGGUGGCAGUUCCGGGACAGCUCGCCCUCACCGACCAGGGAGAAAUCUACCACAGAACCUUUGCCAUCUUCACCAGAACCUAAUGAUGCCCACGAGUCAGUGCCAGACAACGCGGACGCGGAGAGCACUAAGUCCGGGGCCAGCGACAGCAGCAGCGACACCGACGUGCCGCUCAGACCCACCAAUGAGCUAGAUAAGCGGGUGCAGCUGGUGACCCGGCUGAUGGAGCGCGGCUGCAACUGCGGCUCAGGGAAGUGUUCCAAACUCUUGAAGGUGAAGAAAGUUGGAGAAGGACGAUACAACAUCGCCGGCAGAAAUGUCUUUAUCAGGCUUCUAAAGGGCCGGCACAUGAUGGUGCGCGUGGGCGGCGGCUGGGACACGCUCGAGCACUUCCUCUCGCGCCACGAACCCUGUCAGGUGCGCCUCGUCACGCAGGGCCGCCGCGACGUGCUCCCCCUCCCCGCGCCCCCCGCGCCCUCCACCCCCGGGCCCCCCACGCCCGCCUCCCCCGCGCGCUCCCCCACCGCCUCGCCCUCGCCCGCCAGCAGCAAGCACUCGCUCGAGAAGGAGCCCUCCCCGCCUGCCACCUCCCCCUCCCCCGCCAGCAGUAAGACCUCCUUGACUAAGGAAUCCUCUUUCGGCACCGUCUCGCCCGCAGACAGCAAAGCGUCUUCGAUUAGCGGUAAAGCGUCUCCCGUGGACUCGAAUCUUGGUACCAAAAAGAACGGCAAGACACCCUCCCCACUCGACGUCAGGCGCACCUCCACCCCGAAACCCGUUCCCGCUAAGAACCGAUCCGCCCUAACUCUUCCCCUGAAAGACGAAAAGAAAUCCCCCGCACGCACUCGAAAACAAUCCGCACCCGCUAGCUUCAGCACGCCGAACACGCCCACCGGCAGGUCGAACCGGACGCCGACCGAGCUGCGCAAAUCUCUCACUUCGAACGCCUUAGUCACCACGCCUAAGAAGUCUAGAAGUAUGAGUCUCGCGGCGCAGAAGGAUAACAAAUUCUGCGGGACGGAGAGACUGAACCAGAGCAAGAAGCAGAGCAGGUCGGCCAGCCUGGCGGGCGUGGCGUCGCCGGGCGCGGCGGGCACGGCGGGCGCGCGCGCGCGGCGCGGCAGCGCGGCGGCGACGGGGGAGUCCCCGCGCGCGCUGCGCAAGAGCGCGUCCGCCGCCGCCGGCCUCACGCAGGCCGCCAUCGAGGAGAGCAUCCGCCUGUCGCUGGAGGCGAGCAUCGCCGACCACACCUCGCCCAAGAAGCCUUUCCUCCACAUCAAAGCCAAAUACCGGAGUCCCCCGCCGCGGGAGGUGCCGCCCAGA